AUGGCCAAAGCUAGAAUGGCAAGACGCAGGAGGAUUCAUUCACGACGCAUCAGAGCAGCACCAUACAAAUUCCCAUACGCCAGACGACUCAUAGCAAGAAACAUGUUCGCAGAAGAAGACUGUCCAAAGUGUCUAGAGAAGAGAGACUGGGAGAAUGUGAUAUGCUCCGUAUGCAUGGAGUGUCCUCACAACGCCGUCCUCCUCCUCUGCUCAUCUCACGACAAGGGAUGUCGUCCGUACAUGUGCGGAACAAGCUUCCGAUACUCCAACUGCUUAGACCAGUACAAAAAAGCCUCGACUAAGCUAAAGCCAUCGAGCCGUGACAAGUCUGAGCUUGGAAACCUCACGUGCCCUCUCUGUAGAGGCCAGGUGAAAGGCUGGACGAUCGUGAAGCCUGCGAGGAACUAUCUGAAUCUUAAGAAGAGGAUCUGUAUGCAGGAGGAUUGUUGUUUCUCAGGAAGUUUCAAAGAGCUGAGGAAACACAUGAAAGUGGACCACCCUAGUGCGAAGCCUCGUGAGGUUGAUCCUGACGUGGAGCAGAACUGGAGACGGCUCGAGAUUGAGCAUGAUCGGGACGAUGUUGUCACGACGAUCAGGUCAACGAUGCCUGGCUCAAUGGUGUUUGGUGAUUACGUUAUAGAACACGGCUCGGAUUCAGACGAAGGAGGCCAUGGUGGUGGUGGUGGUGGCGGUGUGAUCGAUGCUGUACUCGGUAGGAGCCUUGUGAAUGUUUUCCUUCUGUUGCAUGCUGCUAUUGAAGACUCGGAGUCGAGUGACUUGGCGGCAACGAGCAACAGCCAUGGAGGAACAGUAGAGAUGGAUUUCUCCGACGACGGUAACUCUUUGGCGAGUCGGAUGAGAAGGCAAGGACGGACUCUGCUUGGACGGUCAGGUCGGAGACGGAGAAACAGAGAAGCUAACCAGAGCUCAGGUCCUCCCUGA